CCAUUUCAUGGGCCAAGCCGUUAUGGACAAGGUCGUCUUUCCUUAUAUCACGAUCUUGAUCCACAGGCCUUUCAUAAUGGCAUACCGAACAACCCGAACAGAAAUAGAAUCAACAAUUCUGCUCACUUAGGUACAAGGUUACUGGAACGAAUACGUCGUCGAUUUUCCAACUGUAUUCCUGGUAGCCGACGAAUUUCUGGAAGAGGCCAACAGCAAGGACACGGAUCGAAUUACCAAUACCAUGCUAUUAGGUUAUAUGCCCAGACAUGAGUAUCUGUCUCCCCCGAAAGAACGACAUACAACCCCACUAAGCCAAAUCUCCAAUGCGCUAGGUGCCGCCACAGUUGAUCAGCCUGGAGGAAGUGGAAUCGAUACUUCUCAGAGUCGACUCGAAGGUAUUCCAGCUGAGCUUAGAGGAACGAGCAACACUCUAAAUCUUCAGGCGCAGCAAACUAAUGGAUGCAGCCCCAAGGAUCAGGACAGUCUAUUUCGGCCCAAAAGACACCACAUAGUUCCACUGAAUCAAGUCAUCAAAAUUCUAGGCGUCUCUGAAACUGACCAGCAAGGUGUAAGUUCACUUGGCACGGUUUCGAAUUGGAGCCAGGGUUCUCUUUCUGGGGUUGGGAGAAUAAGCGACAGUUUGAAUGUUAACGACAAACGAAUUGGAGAUGCCGGUCACGACACCGAUCGCAUUUUGGAUAUCCUAUUAGGGGAACCAGAAGACUGUACUUGCAUGGCCUGUCUAGAAGAACUUCAGGGUCCUCGACGAGACGCCAACAAUCAGUUGAUCAUCGAUUCCUUUGAUCAGGUUCUUCUGAUCGAGGGAUGCGGGCAUUACUUCCAUCUAGAAAAAUGUCUUGAAGGCUCAUAG